CGGGUGAUUUGGUGCCCUGUCCCGCCAUAUUGUGGAGAGUGGUGCAAUCUUCCUCAGCACAUGCUGUCGGAGAUUUCGUAGCUUUUCCACGGUUUUCGGACGAAUGCAGAGGACAGGAAAAUGCCUACCUAUUUCCAGAGGCCGGAGAAUGCCCUGAAAAGGGCGAACGAAUUCAUUGAUGUUGGUAAGAAGCAGCCAGCUCUUGAUGCUCUCUAUGAUGUCAUCAAGAGCAAAAAGCAUCGGACAUGGCAGAAGAUCCACGAACCCAUCAUGAAGAAGUACCUGGAACUGUGCGUGGACCUACGCAAAAGUCACGUGGCCAAGGAGGGUCUGUACCAGUACAAGAACAUCUGCCAACAGGUGAACAUCAAGUCCCUGGAGGAUGUUGUUCGUCAGUACUUGAGUCUGGCGGAGGAGAGGACAGAGCAAGCUCGCUCCUCUUCCCAGCAGGCUGUGCUGGACAUCGAUGAUCUGGAGUCCGAAAUCUACACCCCGGAACUUCUCCUGUUGAGUGCAGUGAGCGGUGAGGAUAUCCAGGCACGACAUGACCGCCUGAUGCUGACCCCGUGGGUCAAGUUUCUCUGGGAGUCGUAUCGCCAGUGUCUGGACCUGCUGAGGAACAACUCUCGUGUGGAGCGGCUCUACCAGGACAUCGCCCAGCAAGCCUUCCAGUUCUGCCUCAAGUACAGCCGCAAGACGGAGUUCCGCAAGCUCUGUGACAAUCUGCGUAGCCACCUGCAGCAGGUGCUGAACCGCCACCAGACCCAGUCCACUGCCAUCAACCUGAACAAUGCAGACAGCCAGCAGCUAUUCCUGGAGACACGCCUGGUACAGCUGGACUCGGCUAUCACCAUGGAGCUGUGGCAGGAGGCGUACAAGGCUGUGGAGGAUGUGUGGCAGCUGAUGAACCUGUCCAAGAAGCCUCCCAAGCCACAGCUGAUGGCUAACUACUACACUAAGCUGGGGAUGGUGUUCUGGAAGUCCGGGAACCAGCUGUUCCACGCCUCGGCUCUGCACCGACUCUUCCACCUGUCCAAGGAGCAGAGGAAAAACCUCAGCCAAGACGAGCUGCAGAAAAUGGCGUCCCAGGUGGUCCUGGCUACUCUGUCCAUCCCCAUCUCCACCCCUGCUACAGAGUUUGAUAAGCUGCUGGAUAUGGAGGGAGUCAGUAUGGAGAAGGCUCGCCGACUGGCCACACUGCUGGGUCUACAGGGUCUGCCCACCAGGGCCUCCCUCAUCAAGGACAUGGUGAGAUCAGGUGUCCUGCAGCACGUUCACCCCCAGCUGCAGGGCCUGUACGAGUGGCUGGAGGUGGAGUUCCACCCCCUGAAGCUCAGCAGCAGGGUCGCAAACGUCUUCAACUUCAUCCUGUCUGCCAAGGAGCUGGAACUGUCUCAGUACGUCCCUGCCCUGCAGAACGUCACCCUCAUGAGGCUGGUGCAACAGGUGUCACAAGUUUACCAGACAAUCCAAAUGUCUCGCCUGGUGGCCCUGGCUCCAUUUGCCACGUCCUUCCAGCUGGAGAGAGUUGUAGUAGAAGCCGCCAGGAAUGGAGACCUCAAGGUUCGCCUGGACCACUGUACCAAGUCACUGCGGUUUGGUGAGGAGGUGGGUCUGUUCUCCAGUGAGGAGAUAACCGAGUCAGAGGGCCCAACCCUCCAGCCUCUCCAGUCUGAACAGUUCAACCGUCAGCUGGUGCAGAUGUCUGUGGCCCUGAACAUGGCUGUCUCUGUCAUCCAGCCUCCACAUCUCAUGAAGGAGCAUGAGGACCUGAAGACAGGCUGUGUGGCAGCCUACCGCAAGUCUGCACGACAGGAACAUCUGCACAUCCUGGCACGACAGAGAACUAUCGAGGAGCGCAAGGAGAAACUAGAGAACCUCAACAUGCAGAGGGAGGAGGAAGAGAAGCGUGCGCAGGAGGAACAGCUCCGUGCUCAGAAGGAGGCUGAGGAGGCGCGUCUCGCCCAGGAGGCUCAGGAACGAGAACGGCAGCGGCGCCUGCAGGAGAGGCGGGAAAUUCAGCGCAAACAGGUCCAGGAGCGGCUGGACAUCCUCCGCAAGUCCAGUUUAGGAGCAAGGGCACUCAAGGACAUUGACUUAGAGGAUAUAGAUGAACUGGACCCAGAUGCCAUCAUGCAGAAACAAGUAGAACAGUUAGAGAAGGAAAAGAGGGAAUUAGCAGAAAAACUGAAGGCCCAGGAGAAGAAGGUGGAUCAUUUUGAGCGUGCCAAACGUCUGGAGGAGCUGCCUGCCCUGACAAAGGCUCACCAGGAACUCCUGGAGGAGCGCAGGCUGACCUGGGACCAGCAGGAGCAGGAGAGGAUCACAAACAUGACUGAAGAGCGCCAACUUGCCCUCCAACACAAACACCGCAUGGCCUGCAUGAUGGAGGAUAAGGACAAGUUCAUCAACAUGCUGAAGGACUCUCGCAAAUCUGUCUUCAAGGACAAAAUCGCAACCUUCAAUGCCCAUCUGGCAACAGAGCGGAAAAAACGCCUGGCCCAGAGGAAAGAGCAGCGAAAAGAUGAGCGCCGCCGCAAAUGGCUGGAAGAGAAGGAGGAAGAAGAGCAACGUCGGCGCGACGAAGAGCUCAUACGUGAACGUGAGCAGAAGGAGGCAGAAGAACAGGAGAAGCGGGAGAAGGAGGAGGAAGCAUACCGGGCCAAACUGGCACAGCUGGAGGCGAUGGCAGAGAAACAGCGCCAGCGGGAACGCGAGAUCGAAGAACGAGAAGCGAAGAGGAAACAGGAGCUUCAGGAGGAGGAGUCAGGGAAGUCCCGUGAUGCAGGCAGGGAUGACUGGCGCGCCAAGGACGGGAUGGGAGGUCGGGACGAGGGGUCCUGGAGAAGAAGAACUGAGGAAGCCCCCCGCAGUAGAGACAUGGAACCACAGGGCGAAGAUCGCUCUCCAGCCAAAGAACCAUGGAGACCUUCUGGUCGUGCCAGCUGGCGUGACAGGGAACGGGACGGGGGCAUCCGAGACAGGCCUGAUGGUCGUUUCCCUGCUGAUGACGGCGGUCCUCGGCGCGAUGACUGGGAAAGGAGGGGACCACCAGCGGACCGGGACAGGCGACCGCCGUACGAAGACGGGGAGCGGCGCCCCAUGCCUGAUGAUCGGGAUCGCAGAGGUCCACCUGAUGAUCGUUGGAGCAGGGACGGAGACCGUAGACCACCGCCUCGGGAGGAUCGUGAUGACUGGCGCCGUGGCGGCCCUCCGGAGCGCAGUUGGAGGCAGGACGGACCAGGACGGGACGAUCGUGACGACUGGCGCCGCGACGGGCCCAGGAGGGACGAUCGCGGUCCUCCUGAACGUCGGAGGCCACCGCCUCGAGACGACCGUGAUCGUAGACCGCAAGAUGACGACUCCAACUGGCGCAGGGGAGAGAGAGCCCCGCCUCCUGACGAUCGUGAGAGGUGGGGAGGGAGAGAUGACCGAGGCCCCCGCCCUAGUGCAGAUAAAUGGCGGGAUCGCGACGAUCGUUUUGGCGAUGAUCGCGGCCCCCCACGUGGAUUCGACCGAGACAACCGUGGCCCUCCCUCGAGAGGAUAUGACCGCGAGGACCGUGGCUUCCCCUCCAGAGGGUACGAUCGUGACGACCGCGGCCCCCCGUCCCGUAGGUUUGAGCGGGAUGACCCACGUGGGACACCAAACCGUGGAUUUGAUCGUGACGACCGGAGAGAAAAAGGGGAUGAACCGGAGGGUGGGAUGAAGAAGGAGAAGGACAAGUGGAGGAGUGAGACAGACGAUGAUGGGUGGACAACUGUCAGGCGCUGAGGACCUCUCUAUUGUCACCUCUGCUUAAAGGCCUCUGUUGUAGGAUUGGAGCAGUGAGUUGGUCAAUGGUUUGGUCAUUUCUUUACAUCCUCCAAUAGCCAAAAUCCUACAAUAGAGGCCUCAGUAUGUCACCCAGUUUCAUUACAAUUAUGUUUCACAGAAGUCUGAUUUCUUCAAUGGAAACAGUGCAAACAGGCUGUCCUUUAGUUCUUGUAUUGGUUAAGGAAUUUAAAUAGUUAAAAUAUGUAGUUCAUUGAAUGUGGCCACCUCUCUAAGGGAAUGCAGAAAUUGAGGGUAGAGUGAAAAAUUCUAUCUGCUAAUACAUAACCCAGCUACACACUGACUGUAUAGUUAGUUAGUUAUCUCCAUUAUAAGUACUUGCACCAGCUGUUUUCAGUGUAGCGAGUUGGAAAUUUUGUACCCCUUACAUGACAUGAUGUUUUGUACUUCAGUUGUGCAAGGUCCAUGUAAAGCAGAGGUAUAGAUGGAGAUGUAGUAUGUUUAAAUCUGAACUCUUAUUGAAUGCACAACUUGUUAAAGAUGAAGUCCCUUACUUAGGUUUUGGAGCAUUACAAAUGAACUCAGUUGGAUUUUGGUUGAUACUGAUAUUAUCUUGUUAUGUGUUUGAUGCCUUACCCUCCAGAAUUAUUUUAAAACAGAUCUUUACCAAGUUUGAGUUGUGUAGAGUACAAAUUAUGCUUUAUUAGCGCCUGGUUGUAUCCAAGCUCUACAUACAGGCAAUCUAUAUCCUGCCCAGUAUCUGUGACAUGUGCUGUCACAUACAUUAUACUAUUGUUAUAUUAUAUACACCAUGUGUUUCCAUAUUGACUAAUGUACCAACACAUGUACAAAUGAAUUUCUCUAUCUGAGCAUGUAUGUUAAGGGCAUUCCAAUUCUGGCAGAUACAAUGUAGGGCCCCAAAUCUGAAACACGUCAUAGUCUUGGAGAACAACUUGAAUUCUUCAGCCUUUGUAAUACACAACAAUGAUGCAAGGUAAGGCAAGUCAGUGUGUUAGGCAACACCAAGUUAAAUCCUUGGUUUAAUGCUGAUCUAUAUUUAGUGUUUGGAAAGAAAUAGCAAAGGCAUUAAUUCUCACACUGUUCCUGAUAUAUUAUAAUAAAAGGAACGUAAGCAACA